CUUUCGCUCAACAUCCCUUCUCCUCAUCACUCCUCACGUCGCCCGCCGUCGUUGCCAGCGGUAUGCUCAGAAAAACCGUGUCGAAGAGCGUACAGCGCUCGCGUGCGUUUCAUAACUCUGCUGUCGCUCGGAGGGUCGUCGCGACCAACCCUGUUAAAGCGGAGGAGGUCAAGUCUUGGUCGUCAGGAAAGUACCCUCUGAUUGAGCAUGAGUAUGAUGCUAUUGUUGUCGGUGCUGGUGGCGCCGGUCUGAGAGCUGCUUUCGGUCUCGCGGAGGCUGGCUUCAACACUGCAUGCAUCACGAAACUAUUCCCGACGAGAAGUCAUACUGUCGCUGCACAGGGUGGUAUCAAUGCUGCACUUGGUAACAUGACUGAGGACGACUGGCGGUGGCAUAUGUACGAUACCGUCAAAGGUUCCGACUGGCUCGGUGACCAGGAUGCCAUCCAUUACAUGACUCGAGAGGCUCCACGGACAGUUAUUGAGCUCGAGCAUUUCGGUGUGCCAUUCUCUCGAACCGACGAGGGCAAGAUUUACCAACGUGCCUUCGGUGGUCAAUCUCUCAAGUUCGGCAAGGGUGGACAGGCCUAUCGUUGUGCCGCCGCUGCCGACCGUACCGGACAUGCCCUUCUACACACCCUCUACGGCCAAUCACUGCGCCACAACACCAACUUCUUCAUCGAGUACUUUGCCCUUGAUCUUAUCAUGGAGGAUGGCGAGUGCGUCGGUGUUAUUGCUUUGAACAUGGAGGACGGUACCCUCCACCGAUUCCGUGCUCACAAGACUGUAUUGGCUACUGGAGGAUAUGGGCGAGCGUACUUCAGUUGUACUAGUGCGCACACUUGCUCGGGAGAUGGGAAUGCCAUGGUCGCACGUGCAGGUCUUCCUUUGCAGGACUUGGAGUUCGUCCAGUUCCACCCGACUGGUAUCUACGGCGCUGGAUGUUUGAUCACCGAAGGCUCUCGAGGAGAGGGAGGAUACCUUCUUAACUCUGAGGGAGAGCGGUUCAUGGAGCGUUACGCUCCCACUGCGAAGGACUUGGCCUCCCGCGAUGUCGUAUCGCGAUCCAUGACCAUCGAAAUCCGUGAGGGUCGUGGUGUUGGUCCCGACAAGGACCACAUUUACCUCCAACUCAGCCACUUGCCGCCUGAGGUCCUUCACGAGAGAUUGCCUGGUAUUUCUGAGACUGCUGCUAUCUUCUCCGGUGUCGACGUUACCAAGGAGCCCAUCCCUGUCUUGCCCACCGUGCAUUACAACAUGGGUGGCAUUCCCACCAAAUACACCGGCGAGGUCAUCACUCAAGACGCAGAUGGCAAGGACAAGGUCGUCCCUGGUCUUUACGCUGCCGGCGAGGCCGCCUGUGUGUCUGUCCACGGAGCCAACCGUCUCGGCGCCAACUCUCUACUCGACAUUGUCGUAUUCGGCCGUGCCUGCGCGCACCACAUCAAGGAGACCCUCACACCUGGCAAGCCACACAAGAAGAUCCCAGAAGAAGCCGGUCUCCACAGUGUCGAGAACCUGGACAAAAUCAGGAACUCCGAUGGACCUGAACCCACGGCAAAGAUUCGGUUGGCCAUGCAGAAGGCCAUGCAGACCGAUGCUGCUGUGUUCAGGACGCAGCAGACGCUCGAUGAGGGCGUCGUCAAACUGAAGGACAUUUACAAGUCUUACGAGAAGGUCGGGAUCAAGGACAGGAGUAUGAUUUGGAACUCCGACCUCGUGGAGACCCUUGAACUCCGCAACAUUCUCCAAAAUGCCGUCCAGACCAUCACCGCUGCUGCCGCUCGUAAAGAGUCGCGUGGCGCUCACGCCCGUGAGGACUACUCAGAGCGCGAUGACGAGAACUGGAUGAAGCACACUCUCACUUGGCAACACGACGUCGAAUCUCCUGAGGUUGAGAUCAAAUACCGCGGUGUCAUCGCCCACACGCUCGAUGAGGCCGAGUGCAAGCCUGUCCCGCCAUUCAAGCGUGUCUACUAGACGUUCUCCUCCAUACGGCAAUUCGUUGUCGUUGUUGGUUCUGUCUGCUUUGACAUAGACUGCGCUUUGGGUGGCAGUGGUGGGCGUCGAGGUUGAUGGGUCGCGGUGCGGAUGGUAAGAUGUGGUGGUGACAAUCGUAAUGGACACGGUUGUAGCUCGCUUUCGGUUGUGUUUGUGUUUGCGUUUGCGUCCUUGUUCCGUUUUCUUUCUCUUUAUCUACUUGUCGCAAAACCAAGCUUCGUGUAUACUGGAGAAUUCAGCCUUUUUGCAUCUGGGUUUACCGUGACCGUAGUCGAAGUGAUGUGUUAGGAGGCAUCGGUUCUAACAUG